UAUUAAAGUCAAAUGAUCGCUCACUCUCAAAGUCGUUGAUCUUCUGAAUCCGUCUUCUUCUUCGGCCAUGGCGAUUCUUAAUUUCAAUCUCUCAACAACAUUUUCUCCCGUUUCUAGCAGCAAAAUCCACUACCUUCACCCGUAAACUUCGAUCGAACAACGAAUCCAUUAUCCAAAUAUAUGAUUAUGAUUUAGGCAUGGAAGUGAAUAUCAUCAACAUCUUCUUCACCGUCGUCUCCUUCAUAUUAUUCACAAGCUUCCUCUUCUUCUUGAUCGUCCUCCUCCGAACGCUCGCCGGAAAGUCCAUAACGAACUCGGAGUACGCGCCGGUGUACGGCAGCGUGUACGGGCAGGCUUUGUACUUGAAGAAGCUGUUCGAUCACCUGACGGAGGUGGCGAAGAAGCACGGCACAUUCCGGCUGGUUGCGGCGGCGUACAGCGAAAUAUACACGAUCGAUCCGAGGAACAUCGAGCACAUAUUGAAGACGAAAUUCGACAAGUAUUCAAAAGGAAGCAACAAUCAAGCGGUGGUUGGGGAUCUGUUUGGAGAGGGAAUAUUUGCAGUGGAUGGAGAGAAGUGGAAGCAGCAGAGGAAGCUGGCUAGCUAUGAAUUCUCCACCAGGAUUCUUAGGGAUUUUAGCUGCUCAGUUUUCAGGAGAAACGCUGCUAAACUCGUUGGAGUUGUUUCCCAAUUUGCCGCCAUGGGUCGGCCCUUUGAUAUCCAGGAUUUGCUAAUGCGGAGCGCUUUGGACUCCAUUUUCAAAGUUGGAUUCGGCGUGGAAUUGAAUUGCUUGGAGGAAUCGAGCAAAGAAGGGAUCGGAUUCAUGAAAGCCUUUGAUGAUUCUAGUGCUCAGAUUUUUUGGCGCUAUAUCGAUCCCCUCUGGAAAUUGAAAAGAUUUCUCAACAUCGGUUCCGAAGGUUCGUUGAGGAACAACAUCAAAACCAUCGAUGCUUUUGUGCACCAGUUGAUCAGAGACAAGAGGAAAUUGCUUCAGCAACCUAAUCUCAAGAAUGACAAAGAGGACAUACUUUGGAGGUUUCUGAUGGAAAGUGAGAAGGAUCCAACAAGAAUGAAUGAUCAAUAUCUAAGAGAUAUAGUCCUCAAUUUCAUGUUGGCUGGCAAAGAUUCAAGUGGAGGAACUCUGUCCUGGUUCUUCUACAUGCUAUGCAAGAACCCUUUAAUACAGGAAAAAAUUGCAGAGGAAGUGAAGCAAGUUGUUGGAAUUGAAGGGGAAGAAGCUGACAUAAAUUUGUUCAUAGAAAACUUAACUGAUUCAGCUCUGGACAAAAUGCAUUAUCUUCAUGCAGCAUUGACAGAGACUCUGAGGCUCUAUCCUCCAGUCCCUGUGGAUGGAAGGACAGCAGAAAUAGAUGACAUUCUUCCUGAUGGCUAUAAACUAAGAAAAGGGGAUGGAGUAUACUACCUGGCCUAUUCCAUGGGAAGGAUGCCCUGCCUCUGGGGAGAAGAUGCUGAAGAUUUUAAACCUGAAAGAUGGCUUGAAAAUGGAACUUUUCGGCCCGAAUCGCCAUUCAAAUUCAUCGCAUUUCAUGCGGGUCCUCGAAUGUGUUUGGGAAAGGAAUUUGCUUAUAGACAAAUGAAGAUAGUGUCUGCUUCUCUGCUUCAAUUUUUUAGAUUCAAAUUAGGUGAUGCAACGAGGAAUGUGACUUAUAGGAUCAUGCUUACCCUUCACAUUGAUGGAGGUCUCCCUCUUCUUGCACUUCCCAGAAAGACCAAAUUUGCCUAAUGUUUGUUCUAGUGUUAGAAUAAUAUGAUAUCAUGUAAAAAGAUAGUCUUCUUUUUUCUUUUUUUCUUUAUUUCAAUAAUCGCCCGUGGGUUUCAAACCGUCAACCUUUAAGAUGGUAACAUGUAUUUUAUCCACUUGUUCAAAUGGCAAAAAUAUUAGUCUUGUAAUUGAGAUUUACUUGUAUAUAUGUAUAUGAUUUGCCAUA